CUGUCGUAUUCCAUUUUGUGUGCGUUGGCUGAUGGUAGAAGGGUCUCGUAUUGGCAGCUUCUCUUUGUCUCCGUUGAAUUUUGGUAAUAGUUCAUUCAGGUUUUAUAUUUUUUAACGUUCAACAGUGAAACAUAUUUCGUUCGGAAGAAGUCUGAGUGAAUUUAGAAAAAUAUGAAACAAUGUUCACGCGGACAACAUAAAAGCAUUCUGUAAUUUCGACGAUUGAAAGCAUUCAGCACCUGCAAUCGCUGCCAAAGAUGAGCAAUAACUCCUUAUGCGUUUUUUAGAGACAUGUGUGCGAUAGAUGAAUGUUAAGAAAAAAAAAUCGUCGGUGUGUGCCCAGAGUUCAGCGAGGUCAACCCCCAAUAAAGCAAAAUGUCAGCUAAAAUGCUAGUGUCAAUGUAACAUUGUGAUAGCAAAUUUUGUAUGCCUGUGCUUCUAUAUCCAAACAUUACCCGUUUUGGAUGCAGUGCGACCAGCUGCUUUGUCAUCUCUCAAAUUCAAGGAUUUUCGUUCAUUCUCUAUCACCAAACAGCAUCAGCUGUAUUGAAGGCCUAAGGCAGCACGCAUUAUCGAGAAGUGGAUCAGCGAGAGGUGACUGAAGUGGCUGGCACGGGCAAGCAUUACCUCCUGUUAUUUGAGCUAUUAUAUUAUGUAAGUUUGCGUAUUAUUACAAUUACAAGCUUUACCACAAAGGUGGUGAAACACUUGGUGCGUAGCUGUGUAUGAAAUCGAAGGAAAACGAAAAUUGAAAACAGAAAAUUUGACAGCUUCGUUUAGAACUACCCCAGUUGGCGAAUAUCAACAAAGCAAAAACUACUCACUUGUACUAAUACAACUACAGGUAUGUAUGAACACUGGAAGAAAUAUUUAAAUAAUUAAUUAAUAAUUAUAAUUAUUAUCAAAUUGAACAGCUAUAACAAAGUUUUCCACUUUAGUCUGAUUUUAUGAUCUGAUUUUAUCGAUUUUAAAUGGGUUGAAUUUUCAACCUUUCAUUUCUAUGGCAUUUGUUUUAUACUAAGUACUUAUCAUUGUUAUGAUAUUCUCUCUCAGUACAGUAAUAAAAAAAAUGUUCUUGAUAGCUUGUCUCAUCAGAGUACGUAUCAGCUAGCAGUUGGAUGCAUUCUAAACAAUGAAACAUGAUAGUAGACUAAACAUGUGGCAGCUUGAGUGUUGAAUACCAAAAACUAUUUAGUGAUGUUUGUCACUAAUUCUUUUAAUUUAUAUUUAUCAUAUGUUAUUACAGUGCAUUAAAAAAGUUCCUUCUGCCGACAGACAAAAACCGCGAAAACGUGGAAUCGGGGCGCAAAACAACGUGGGGGUGGCAGCGAUUCCGCUGAAGGGUAUUGUGUGGGAAGGUUUCGCCGUUCAACGCCAUCCGCUAAAAAAACAGCAACGACCAGUAAACGUUCAGCUUCAUCAGCAAAAAUGGCAUCCAGUUGUUGUGGAACAAAAAAGCAAAAACUCAACGGGAGUUACUCAAACACCAAUGGACACUGCUCAGGUGAAGGAAGCCGCGGAGGUAGUGGCAAUGGGCCAUUGGCUAAUGGUCACAAUGGAUACCUCAGUAAUGGCCAUUUGAAUGACGCAGGUCAAUCAAUGGCUAGUUCCAUGCCAGAAAUGUGUUUUUACUGUUUUGAGGUGCUCUAUCGAGAGUUGCACAACCUUGAAGAACCUCAUACGCCGUCCUUCACCAAUGAUCCUUAUCCGUUAUUUGUUACUUGGAAAAUCGGGAAAGACAAGCGUUUGCGUGGAUGCAUCGGCACGUUCAGUGCAAUGCGUUUACACUCAGGUCUUCGAGAAUACGCAAUAACAAGUGCUUUAAAAGAUUCACGUUUCUCGCCUAUAACAAGAGACGAGAUCCAAAGACUGACAGUUUCGGUGUCGAUUCUACAGGGCUUCGAAGAAGCACGUGGAUAUUUGGAUUGGAAGCUUGGCGUGCACGGUAUUCGUAUAGAAUUUUACAACGAACGGGGCUCAAAACGGACUGCCACUUACCUACCACAAGUAGCUACCGAACAAGGUUGGGACCAAACGCAAACGAUUGAUUCACUGCUGCGUAAAGGUGGUUAUCGAGCUUCGAUUACUCCGGAAAUGCGUCGAUCGAUCAAGUUGACUCGUUAUACGUCACAAGAGUGUCACAUGACGUAUGGCGAGUAUCGGGAUCUGUUGGAAAGACAAUCGCAGUAUAACCAACCUGGUAAAGUGCAAUGCUAACAACACGUCUUUUAUCUGCCUCCACCACGACCACCACCGCAACUGCAAGCAAAUCAACAAUACCACCAUCAACAAACACCACAACUGCUAAAUCCUUACCAGCAUCAAGUGUUGCAAAAUCUACAACCAUCACCUUUUUGUCAUCUGACAUGGAACGGCAACAAUCUGCAACAGGAUCCUGUUGUUUGUGGAUCGUUCUCCUCUUCAUCGUCCUUGCCGUCAUCAUCAUCUUCGUCUCCAUCGUUGUCCUCAUAUUCACCACCUGGUAUGAAUCCCUUCUAUCCUUAUCAACAUCAUCUAUCAUUAACAACCCAACAACCGCAACAACAAUACCACCAGUUUCCGACUCCAAUGCAGCAAAGACCACCCAUUUUUCAGUCAUUCCUCCCCCCACCACCUCCUCGGUCCAGAUUCUUUCAAUAAAUCGUCAUCAUCGAAAUGGCGAUAAGUGUUGUGAUCCAGGCAGAUAAAAAUUCAAUAUUUAUACCAGCGAACUAGUAGAUUAUUUCGUAGACAGAAUGCGAACUAAUAAUUUUCCACAUCUUAGUACCCUUCGAUUACGGGCUUCUAGAAAGCGAAAGGUCUUAUCAAAACUUGAGUUUAAUGGCGUUAACUAAUUGUUUAUUAUUAAAAACAAAAAACAACUGUAUAACUAUAAUGUAAAUCGGUAAAAAAACAUUUCUCUCCAAUUUGACGAGAAAAUGAUUUCGGAUUCAAUUAUCAAUACAAAUAGUUCAGUACGUCUAGAACUGACAUGCAAAAGUAUAAAUCUUUAACAAUAACAAUAUUAGUUUAUGUAUGUAGCUCCUAUAAGAAGGAGCACACGUUCAUAAACAUAAUUAAAGGAUGAAGAAUUGACUGCGUCACUAAAUUCCAGCGAUCAUUUCGCUUUUCAUCUUCAAUGCCACCACCACCAUCAAUGUGUUUUUCGUGAUGAAGGUUUCAAUUACCUGACUAAACCGCUAUAUUAUCAUAGUUGAGUCUUUCUGUUGUAUGUAUCUAUUUCUAUGACACUCAACGUUUAGAAUUCUUUUCAAAAAUGUGUUGCUGGUUUGAAGACUUAGUUUUUAUCCUUUGUAGCCUUUGAUUCAUAAUCACAACUUCAUUUUCAAAAUUUAUUCUGCAUGAAAAGUAUAUACAUUUUAGCAAAAUAAAAUGAACGCAUGAUUCCUAUACUAAAUUCUAUAAAAUACGCCCACUGCUGUAAAAUGCGCUCAUUAAGAAAUCUAUUUUAUACGAUGAACGUGGAAAAUUCAACGAAACAUAACUAUUUCCAAAAAAUACUUGCUAAGUUAAUUAUUACUAUUAUGACAUGAGGUAGUCAUAAAUCUUAUCGAAUUUGAACGAGCCAGUCGUCAGUUUUAUUUUACUAACGUAUUCAAGUUAACUAUAAUUUUCCGAUUCAAAGUUCCAAAUUACAAUUAAUGGGCAGACCGGCACCACAGUGGAUGCAACAAGUCAGCACAAAAAAAAACAAUAUUCGAAAGUUCAAACCGAAGUCGAUUAAGAACCUGAUCAGAACAAGCAAAUUGCUUGAACUAUAAAAUCGAACUGAAUUUUUUUUAAUACGUUGUCGAUCAACGAUCUGUUAGAGAAGAUUGCAUUAAACGAAAUUUACCUGUUAUAUUACUAUGAAUUGAUUUUUUUUUCAUCGUAUAGGAAUAUGGCUUAGUUUGACAUACAUUUAAUCUUUGUACAAUUGAUUGCAAAUUCUUGCGUUUUUCAGCUAUACAAACUGACACUGUUCACUAUUUAGUGUGUUGUACUUAAUAACUUAUAAUCACAUGAUCGUCAUAUUGUAAUGCUUACUAUUUCCAGUUAUGAGCACCGUUUUAAGUGACCUUCAUCACGAAACGUUAGAACUCUAAAUCUUACUACUACUCAUUAUCGAAAAGAAGAUGAAAAUGUACGAUCUUAUCCGCGUUUUUUGUGACUUACAUUACAAUUAGAACAUUAAUUGAUCGGUAACGUAUUGUUUCGUAUUGUGUAAACGAAACAAGAAUAACAAAUCUCGUAGAUCAUAGUUAGGCAUCCGGAAACGAAAAUGAAAACCAGAAAAAAAUGCUUUAAUAAAAAUAAUGUUCAACCACGAAUAUGAAUCGUAAAAAAAUAUAACUAUUAACAGAACGAGUAGAUUUUAAAUUUUAAGAAACAGAUUUAUAAGACGUGAAAAUGUGCAUACACAACUAAAAUCUGCCGUAAACAUGGUAAAAACGCGUUUAAAGAGCCAACCGUCAAUGUUGAAGUUCCAUUUUAACCAGGUCAGCAAAUAAAUACUAUUCGUUCUUCGUGGCAUGAUUUAGUUUAUUCGGUUCAAAUAUCAAACAUAUAAUGCCCUUCAUUCUUGUUGUCGUACGAAUCACAGUAGUAUGAUAGUACAAAUUCAAAAUUCGAAAUUCCGGAUUUCAUAGAAAUCAAUUCUAACGUUCGAAUGCCCCUUUAUUCGAGGCUUAGAAUAGCAUUUUUCAGUUCGUUUGAAUCAAUCUUUUCGUACGUAUAUUAGAUACGGCCGUAAACAAGAAUAAGGGUGGAUAGUUCAUGUAUCUAUACGCAACUGGUACAUGCAGUAUAAAAUUUGUUGUAGUUAGACACAUUGUUUGUAAUUUCUCUAACCAUUUUUAAAUCUUCUGAUUCCAAAUUAUAAAAUUUGUUUUAUUGCGUUUCGAUUUUUAUUCUCGGCUAUUACGAACAUAUUGAUUUGAUAUUUCAAUAUCAGAGAGCGAAAAUAUAUAUAUUUACCUUUAAUCGUGAAACUAUUGUUCAUUGCAAUUA